AUGGAGGGUGGGAAUAAAUCCCAAGCCUCCGCCUCCGCCUCUGCUGAGCUCACCUCGGGUCAAGAUGUUGAGGACCUUCAGGGCAAGUUAUCAGAGAUCGAGAAAGCUCUAGCCGAGGCUGUUGGCCGGCGAGCCCAACUGGAACGUUUGUGGACAUCAGUUUUGGAGAAGCUUCGCCCACUACGUGACAGAGUUGCUAGCGCCAAAAUUGCUAGCGCGAUUGUUGCUAGCGCCAGAGGAGCUUGCCGAAGCUUUCCCAAUGAGGGUGAAGCUAGAUCUGUGUUUUUAGUGGUGUCUUUUACUGGCGGCAAAUAUAGUGGAGCAUUAUAUGAAGUAAAAUUUAAUAAAAAAGGAGAAUAUGUUGGUGGAGGAGGAGUUAGUAAUGAACCCCAACCUCUUGAACCCCCACUUCUUGAACCUGUAGCCAAUUUAACCGGUGGUUAUAUUAUUCGGGGUGCGAGGAUUUUCAACCGUGCCAAGUUAUACCUACUUCCAGAGGAAACUAUCGAUGAAAUUUUUGAACUUGAGAAUCCCAAGUCACUGGAUGGGUUUAUGUUUGACACAAGUGCUGGGUCAUUGCUACCUUUGAAGCCCCCUAAAGGUCCUAGGCCAUUUGGAGCUCUUGUUUCUGCGUAUGGGAAACUCUAUUAUCUUGCAUCUCCAAAAUGCGACAGUUCACUUCCGGAGCCGUUCUUUGAGAUGUAUGAUCCUUCUAUUGAUCGAUGGGACGAAGUGCCCUGUUCUUAUCCAUUUAUAUGUGAGUGUUGGGCCGAGUAUUGGGACGAUUUAGAUAUAGUUGGUUAUGUUGUUUGCUAUGGAUUUAUUUUGUUUUCAAUGUGUGACCUCAAUCAAUCCCGUGCCCAAGUCAUGGCUUUUGAUGUAAGUACAAAUAAAUGGCAUCAAGUGGAAGUUGACGGCAUUCCUUUUCAGGGGAGGGGUGUGGUUGUAGGCAAAACUAUCUAUGCCUUAUCUAGUAUGGGGAUUAUGGCAUUCACUGUUAAGAUGGAUGAGGGUGAUGAAGGUUGUACUGCCUGUUCACUAAGCAAACCUUUAAUAUUACCUGGACUGGAGAUUAUUGAUUGGCCAUUUAAAUAUGGUUUGACAGAAUAUUUGGUUCAUUUGGGGAACCAUGAUUUUUGUCAUGUUCAGACUGGCGAGCAGAAAAAUUGUACUGAUCGUCAGUAUAUUUGUAUCACCAUGUUUCAAAUUGUUGUUGGAGAAGGAGGAAGCCAUAUCAAGACCUUAAAUUCAACUAUUUGUGCUGUGGAUGUGAAGGACUCUAUUUCUUUCUCACUCAAUUUCAGCUUCUCACCUGAGAACGAUGAUUUUGAACCAGAAGACGAAAGAAUGAUUGCCAUGAAGCAAGAAAAAAGCCAAGUAGAAAAAAGCCAAGAAAGCCACGAAGGGAAAAGCCAAGCAUAG